AUGACUUGGUUCACCGAGCUCGAGGAUAUUAUCUACGCCCCAGUCGAGUACAUUCCUGCUGUGGGCACAGUGUAUUCCUUCAAAAGAGCAAAUAUCGCCUACAGGGAGGGGGAGUGGAAGCGACAUUGGCAAUCUGUUUCUAAUUUUGGGUGGGGACUCGUGAGAGAUGCCUUCCUAAUUUCCGAGCUAGUCGAACCCGCCCCAGUUGUCAUCAUUCACGCGAUGGGUGAAGCACUCACCGACAAGCUUGUCGAGGUCUUCUCAGCCAAAUCCACCGAGGAGGCUAAAAUCCCAUGGAACCCGAAGCAGAAUUUCGCCGCAGGGGGCCAGGACUCGGAGAGUGAUGGUCUUUACCACGUGCUCAUUACGGGCAGCACCAAGGAGAAGAGCGAGGCAACAGCGAAAGCGAUCUUUCAAGAUGGCCUCCCGAAGGGCCUCCGUUACUUUCACCGUUCUCACUUUGUAGGGCGGUUCACCCACGAGACGUACGCUAAAGAUGGCGAGAACAUCUCUCUCCAUCUUCCUAACGGAUUAUACCCUGGGGCAACGUGCGUCUUCUCGUGGAAGUGGACUGUGGACGCGUCCGGAGUAGCGAACAGACCUGAACAUACCAAGGGUACAUUGAGGAUCGAUUCAGGGAAGCCGACUGGGUUUGGGUUGGCGACAAACGAGAAUUACUGCGACUUUUGGGGUGAGAUUGUCAGCGAGGAUGAGUUAAAGGUAAAAAUGCAGAUCCCGAACUGGCCCGACGUCAUUUCUUUUGAAAUGAAGAGAGUUCCGGGACCAUUCCCGUCGCGGGUGAUGAAUCCAAUGUAA